CCUAAAACUCCCAAAGUCAGUCAAUUGUAUCUCACCACCUUGUGACUUGUACCGAUCCGAUGCUCAUUUCUGCCCAUUCCUGCAUCGGUUAUCAGUUCUGCUUGGACCAUCAUUACGCCAUUUGACGGGCCACUCCGGACCGCCCUUGCGCCCGCCGGCAGUUGAGGUUCAGCCAAGGUACUUACUUGCAUCCACGCACUGCUUCCGUUCCGUGGUACAGCUGCAUACCUGACUUACACGGACACUGCCCACAGCACCGUAUACUUAGUCAUUUUCGAUCCAUUUGCUCGACCAUCUUCUCGAUUUUUCCCCUACUCCUUCGGAAGAGUACACCUCGUCCUCUUCGCCUCGACAUCACAUCCUACCUCCGAACACAUAACCCCCCCGAAACUCGACAGCCAUGGCACCACCGCGACUGCCUGAUCUGCCGACCGAGCUGAUCUACCUCAUCGCCGCCCAUCUCCCCAAACCAUGCGAUCUCUCGGCGCUGGCCCGCACAAACCAACGGCUCUACUGCAUCAUUAACAACAUCCUCUACACCGGAGCAGUCAAGCCCGGCAGCGACCCUCAACCCCUUCUCUGGGCUACCCGACAUGGAGUCCCAUCUACCGUGGACAAGGCCAUUUGCGCCGGCGCCAAACCAGACUACCUCUUCGAGUUCGUUCUCUCCCGCAAGGCCUGGGAACUCGUCUGUAUCCUCGAACGCGCCGCCGCCCCCAACCAGAACUCCGACUUUGACGAUUGGAACUGGUCCUCUUCCUCCAACACCACCUACGCCAACCCUCAAACCCCGGAGCUCUACCGCGACCUUCACGAUAUAAUAGGUACCAUGCGCGCCCCGUGGGAUCACCGCCCCAACCCGCCGCCCAACGUAUACUCGAACGCCCUUCUCGACCUGUUCGAGAGCGAACACCCCGAAAAUGCCCAAGAUCACCAUGGUUCCGACACUGAACCCCUUUCGGAGCCUGAUGGUCCCUUGCCCUUUCCCCCUCCACCCGGAGGAGGCUAUGUUGGCGCUUUUCUGGGUAACCUGUUUCAAGCCGUUCACAACCACAACCACAACCCGUUCAAUGACGAUGACGAUGAAGACGACGAAGAGGAUGACGAUGACCUCAUGGAUGAAGACAGCGAGGUGGAGGAGUGGGUACACAAUAUACGCUCAAGGGGAAUCACACGCCGUUGUGCCCCCAUUCACAUAGCUGCCAAAGAGGGCCAUAACGCCGUCAUCGAAAAGCUGCUGGAGCACGGUGCCAACAUCCAUCUCGAGGCAGAGUGGUACUGCUCCUGCCGGCCGCCCCUCUCGCUGUGGGAGACGCGCGAACUCGAGGCUGCCGGCACACUGCGCGAGAAUCUGGAAGCUUCAUACUGGCCUGCCAUCCACCUAGCCAUGUGUUUUUCCCGCUUCGACACUGCCAAGUUUCUUAUUGAGCGCGGUGCCCUUAACAAUAUCCCCAAGGGUCAUCUGGGUUUUACCGUCCUCCACCAGGCUGCUUCCAUAGGAAACCUGGAAAUGCUCAAGUACAUUGUCGAAGCAGGCAAGGCCACCUGGCCCACGGUCGAUGUCGAAGACGACAUGGGGCUGACGCCUCUGUACUUUGCCUGUGCCAAGGGUCAUUGGGACACCGUCGUCCCCUACCUGAUUGAGAAGGGCGCCAACAUAGACAAGGAGUUCGAGGUGGACCUGUGGGAAUUUAAGGCCAAGACGACACUUCUCGGCGAAGCCUGCUACCUCGGCCAUUACGAUCGCGCCUUGAAGCUCAUCGAUCUGGGCGCACAUGUCAAGCAGCAACUCGAGUUUAACCAGCUAACAUUUGGCAGACGGCACCGUCUGGACGAAGCGGGUGACGAGGAUGAGGAAGCUGGCGAUGGCAUCAAGAGGAUCCCGCUUCUCCACGUAUGCUGCACCUCCCCUCGACCAAAGGAGGAUGAUGGUUACUACUCGACCCCGUCACGGUCGACAGGCCUAAGACUGGCUAGAAACGAGGAGCCGACAGCCUUGGAACGCGUAGCCCUGAUAGUCAAACUUCUGGCUGCUGGCACGCCUAUUGACCAAACCUGGGACGACGGCAACGGAGAGACGCCUUUGUUCAUGGCUGCGCAGUUUCACGUCACCUCAGCAGUCAGAGCUUUGUUGAAAGCUGGUGCGAAUCCCCUUGUCCAUGACAAAAAUGGUCGAAAUGCCUUGAUGGCCGCACUUUAUCACCCACUUGGUGAGGAGCCCUGGACCACGUUCGCCGAGUGCUUUCCAUCGAGUACCCGUCCAGACAAAGCACCCGAGAUUGUGCGCUUGCUUCUGGAGGCUGGCGUUCCUGUCAACCAUCGGGACUCACAGGGACGUACCGCGUUGCACCUCGUCUUCCGCCCGAGGAGAGCUUACGAACUAGGAGCAGCAACCGACGCCAUCUGCAGCAUCGUCCGAUUGCUGUUUGACGCCGGUAUUGACCCAUGCAUCCGCGAUAACGACUACACCCCCGUUAUGAAGAACGCACUCAAAUGGGAUUACGGCCGCGCUGCUGAUCUCCUGGUCCAAUUCCACGGUCCCACCCUCGGCUCGCAUUUGAGCCCCAGGGAGUUCCGGAAAUACUAUUUGAUGAUAGCCGAGGCCACCUCUCCCAGGCUCUACGCCACUUAUGGAGCUCCUGAAUCAGCCUCUUCAUAUGAUUUGCUUCUCGAUAUCGACAGCUCUCAUCACCUCACCUCCGACAAGACCCUUUUAUUCGACCUGAUCAAGAAAGGCUCUGACAACGGUGAAUGCUUCACGGCAGCCGAAAAGCUUGCCAAGCGUGGCCUUCAUCGCAUGGACCUGACCCUCGACGAAAAGGUAAGAUUGAUGAAGAAAAGUGUUGACCAUGACCUGCACAAGCUGCUGAUAGAGGCUGUCAACGUCACCGUCCACGCCGUCGAGCCGUCCAUCCUUCGGGACAAGGCCGUGCUCGAAGAAGCCCUGCUGCACAUCCUCCGCCAUCCCAGACGGCUACACUUUUCUGAACCGAUGAUCGCUCAUCUAAUCAACGCCGGCGCCGACCUCCACCGACCAUGCCCUUACCAACUGGAAAAGAAAGAAUCCGAUACCACCACCACUUCCACUACCUACAUGCCACCCCUCUACACCGCCAUCCGCUACGGCCACGUCAAGGCCGUCAAGUACAUGCUCUCCAAGCAGCCCAUCCGCGGCAACCCCCACGCCCCGCUCAACCCCUACCUCCACCAGGCCGUCAACCUCGACCCGGCCAUCAAGGAGAAAUGGCCCAUCACCAACCAGCAGGACGAGGCCAAGACGCGCAGCGACAUGGUACGCGCCCUCGUCGAGGCCGGCGCCGACCCGGCCCUGCUGAACAGAAGCAAGGACACGGCCCUGUCAAUGCUGCUCAAGGGCCUGGCCGCCGACCCAGAUCGCAAAAUGCUCAAGAGUCUGUGUCAUCUGAUCAAGCCGCUUAGUCGGGGGGUCGAUAUCAAUGCGGAGAAUAAGGAGGGGAGGAGUGCGGUGGAGUAUCUAAAGGAGUUGAUGGUUUUGAAGGAGGUGGAUGAGAAGGAUAAGGAGAGUACGAGUACGAGUACGAGUACGAGUACGAGUACGAGUACUAGUGAGGCGAAGGCCAAGGUGAAGAGGAUUAAUGAGGGGGUGAAGUUGUUGAAGUCGAGGGUGGAGUUGGUGAAGGAUCCGGAUGAGGAGAAGGGAGAGGGGAGGAUGGUGAUUAAGUGGUUGGUGCCCAAGGGGACGGGGAGAAAUCCGUUGUGUCCGGUGCCUGCUCCUGCGAGGGAGAGGUAUGGUUAUAUGUAAGGUAGGGAGGGGGUUGUGUGAGCUGGGUUGGGUUGGGUGUAAUGGUUUGCGGAGGAGUUUGUUUUUGUUUUGUGCGAUGGUAUGUAUGUAUGUAUGUAUGUAUCUUGUUAUGUGUGUUCAAUAUGGUCGGGUAUGGUCGGUAUAUAUUGUUGUUAUCAGAAGGAGACGGAUAAAGCGCAUCACAUAUUUUAGGGCAUGAUGGGAUUUUGUAGAGGUAGCGUUGUGUUUUUCGCGUCGUGGGUCUUUCGUUG